AGUAAAAAUUCCUCGAAUUUAGGCGUUUCCUUAAUACCGACAAGCCGUGCGUUAUCCGUCUUCAGCAACCUGUUGACAAAUCUGCGUUUAGCGAAUCCGAAAAUUCGUAUGAACCACUGGGUCGGUGCACUUUCGUUUCUCUUGCUGACGAACAGUACCAGUGGGACCGUAAGCGGAAACAUCGCAACGAUGUACCUCCGCUGACGUGAGACGCGAGAGUGUGCGUGUGAGAGAGUGAGAGAGAUUAUCGCGUGGGGCUUGGCUCGAGGUGCGAAAAGAGACACACGUGUGCCGUGUGUGGCAUGAGAGAAAUGCACGGGCGUGGAGCUAGCGAGACCGAGUGACGAGAUGACACAGCAACGACACACGGCCCGCAGCAUCGCUCCGCCACGCCGCGCGAUUACCUAUAUCGUGCUCUGUUGGAUCGUGUUACCCACCGAAACUGGAGCGGGUCAUAGUUAUGCGAAUAUCAAACAGAGGUACGAUGGAUUUUAUAACAAUUUGGCUCAUCCUGAUUGGGGAUCAAUUGAUAGCAGACUAAUUAGAAAAGUUCCGGCAGCGUAUUCCGACGGUGUAUACGCUAUGGCUGGACAAGAUAGGCCAUCUCCUCGAAAGCUCAGCGACUUAUUUAUGCAAGGUGACGAUGGCCUACCAUCUGUGAAAAAUCGGACCGCGUUAUUUGCAUUUUUCGGACAGCUAGUCACAUCGGAGAUAAUUAUGGCUAGCGAAAAUGGUUGUCCCAUAGAAUUUUAUCGGAUCGACGUAGACAAAUGCGAUCCGGUUUUCGACAAGGAGUGUCAAGGUAACAAGUAUAUUCCAUUUCUGCGAGCGGAUUACGAUCGUCAAACCGGGCGCAGUCCUAAUAGUCCACGGGAGCAGAUAAAUAAAGUGACGAGCUGGAUUGAUGGUAGUUUCGUCUAUUCGAGCAGCGAGGCAUGGGCCAACAUAAUGCGCACUUUCAAAAACGGCAGUCUUCUCAUGGAACAAACGAGACAAUUUCCCGUGAGAAACACUAUGCGCGCGCCUCUCUUCAAUCACGCGGUCCCGCAUGUUAUGCGAAUGCUUAGCCCGGAGCGACUAUAUCUUCUCGGAGACCCAAGAACGAAUCAGCAUCCACCGUUGUUGACUCUAGGCAUUUUGUUUUAUCGGUAUCACAACGUUGUAGCCGCUCGUGUACAAAAAGAGCAUCCUAAUAUGUCCGAUGAGAAUGUUUUUCAGAAAGCUCGUCGAAUAGUCAUUGGAACAAUACAGAAUAUUAUUCUUUAUGAAUAUCUUCCGGUGUUACUAAAUGAGGACCUGCCAUCUUACAAUGGCUACAAACCAGAUUUGCAUCCGGGUAUAAGCCACAUAUUUCAAAGCGCCGCUUUUCGUUUCGGUCAUACCCUUAUACCACCAGGUAUUUAUCGACGAGAUGAAAACUGUAAAUACAGAAGGACCAACAUGGGUGAACCAGCUAUUAGAUUAUGUUCUACAUGGUGGGAUUCAAAUGAGAUUUUAGCUAAUAGCACGAUUGAGGAAUUGUUGAUGGGCAUGGCAUCGCAAUUAGCGGAAAAAGAGGAUAAUCUUCUCGGUACCGAUAUUCGCAACAAUUUGUUCGGUCCAAUGGAAUUCUCGCGUAGAGAUCUUGGCGCGCUAAAUAUCAUGCGAGGUCGAGACAAUGGUCUGCCAGACUAUAACACAGCCAGAGUGCGUUUCAAAUUAGCUCGACGGAAAACGUGGAAUGAAAUCAACCCGGAAUUAUUCAAUAAAAACCCAUCGUUACUGCGUACGCUUAUUGAAGUUUAUUCUAACAAUCUCAACAAUGUCGAUAUUUAUGUUGGCGGCAUGCUUGAAUCCAAGGAUGGACCCGGUGAACUCUUUACCACAGUCAUAAAAGAACAAUUUCUUCGUUUGCGGGAUUCCGAUAGGUUCUGGUUCGAGAAUGAAGAAAAUGGUAUUUUUACUAGGAACGAGAUCAAAGAAAUCCGUCGUACCUUACUUUCGGACGUAAUCACGAACGCGACCAGUAUAUCAUCUAAUGCGAUACAGAAGCAAGUGUUCGUUUGGUACAAAGGCGAUCCGUGUCCUCAACCUUUCCAAUUAAAUUCAACGAUACUCGAGUCUUGUGUUCCUUUACAGCGCUACGACUAUUUUGAGGGUAGCGAAUUCGUCUACAUCUACGUUUGCGUCUUCCUUGGAUUCGUACCAAUUCUGUGCGCCGGUGCAGGAUACGGGCUGGUAAAGUUGCAGAAUAGAAGACGGCGAAGAUUAAAGAUACUUCAAGAGGCAAUUCAAAAGCGAAAUGAUGGUCGCAUCUGUGUUGAUAAGAUGAUUGUACGUGAAUGGCUGCACGCGAACCAUCGUCGUCUCGUAAAAGUGAAAUUUGGGCCAGAAGCGGCUUUGCACAUCGUCGAUCGAAAGGGGGAGAAACUACGUACAUUCGACUUUAGCGGUGUUAACACUAUAACUAUGGAGGAGAGCGAAAGUGGACAUCGUAAGGCCUUAGUGCUGUUACGCAUACCACGCGAUUACGACCUUGUCCUUGAACUCGAUUCGCUGGCUUCACGUAGAAAGUUUAUUGCGAAAUUGGAGGCGUUCUUGGCGUCACAAAAAAAGCAUUUCACACUCACUAAAAUCGCGCGGGAUAUUAUGCUUGCAAAAGCGGAAACCAAAGAACGUCGACAAAAGAAGCUCGAACAGUUCUUCAGAGAAGCAUAUGCUUUGACUUUUGGUUUACGGCCCGGCGAACGAAGACGUCGAUCGGAAGAUAGUGACACUGGUGAAGUCGUUACCGUAAUGCGUACAUCUCUUUCUAAGAGCGAAUUUGCGAGCGCCCUUGGUAUGCGACCUGAUGCAGUUUUUGUAAAGAAAAUGUUCAAUAUCGUCGAUAAAGAUGGCGACGGUAGAAUUUCCUUCCAGGAAUUCUUGGACACUGUUUUAUUAUUUUCUCGCGGUAAAACCGAGGACAAAUUGCGCAUUAUCUUUGACAUGUGCGAUAAAGACAGCAAUGGUGUGAUCGAUAAAGAGGAAUUAUCAGAAAUGUUAAGAUCCCUGGUAGAAAUAGCACGUACUACGAGUCUCUCGGAUGAUCAUGUUACAGAACUGAUCGACGGCAUGUUCCAAGAUGCCGGGCUUGAGAGAAAGGACUAUCUCACAUACAAUGAUUUCAAAUUGAUGAUGAAAGAAUAUAAAGGAGACUUCGUCGCAAUCGGUCUCGAUUGUAAAGGUGCUAAACAGAAUUUCCUUGAUACAUCGACGAAUGUUGCGCGUAUGACAAGCUUUCAUAUAGAUCAACUACCGCCAGAGGAUUCGAAGAGUUGGACGCGUAAACAAUGGGACGCUAUAUCAACAUUUCUCGAAGAAAACAGGCAAAAUAUAUUCUACCUCUUUAUGUUCUAUGUUGUUACCAUAGCUCUCUUCGUCGAAAGAUUUAUACAUUAUUCUUUCAUGGCGGAACAUACGGAUUUGAGGCAUAUAAUGGGCGUAGGAAUUGCUAUAACUAGAGGAUCUGCAGCUGCAUUGUCGUUUUGCUAUAGUCUUUUAUUAUUGACAAUGUCGCGCAAUUUAUUGACAAAACUUAAAGAAUUUUCAAUUCAGCAGUAUAUUCCGUUAGACGCGCACAUACAAUUCCACAAGAUCGCAGCAUGUACGGCACUUUUUUUCUCGGUGCUGCAUACGGUUGGUCAUAUAGUCAACUUUUAUCACGUUUCCACGCAACCGAUAGCACAUCUUCGUUGCCUCACUAGUGAAAUCAGCUUCCCUAGCGACGCACGACCUACUAUUUCUUACUGGCUGUUUCAAACAGUGACUGGCUUAACCGGUAUACUUCUCUUCAUUGUCAUGACGAUUAUUUUUGUCUUUGCACAUCCAACCAUACGACAAAAAGCUUAUAAAUUCUUUUGGUCGACGCACAGUCUCUACGUGGUCCUAUACAUGUUGUGCCUAAUUCAUGGCUUAGCUCGUCUAACAGGCUCACCACGAUUUUGGAUAUUCUUCGUUGGCCCAGCGAUUAUUUACGCCCUAGAUAAAGUCGUAAGUCUGCGAACUAAAUAUAUGGCUCUGGAUAUCAUCGAAACCGAAUUAUUGCCCUCGGAUGUACUAAAAAUCAAAUUCUAUAGACCUCCAAAUUUAAAAUAUUUGUCGGGCCAAUGGGUGCGUCUUGCUUGCACCGUCUUCAGAUCUAACGAAUUUCACUCCUUCACAUUGACUUCAGCACCGCACGAAAAUUUUUUGUCAUGUCACAUCAAAGCUCAGGGUCCGUGGACAUGGAAACUGCGAAAUUAUUUCGAUCCUUGUAAUUAUAAUCCGGAAGACGAGCAUCCAAAAAUACGUAUAGAGGGUCCAUUUGGGGGCGGAAAUCAAGAUUGGUAUAAGUUCGAAGUUGCGGUGAUGGUCGGAGGAGGUAUCGGGGUCACUCCUUACGCUUCUAUGCUCAAUGAUCUCGUGUUUGGAACAUCCACUAACAGAUAUUCCGGUGUAGCGUGUAAAAAGGUUUAUUUUCUAUGGAUUUGUCCAUCUCAUAAACAUUUUGAAUGGUUUAUUGACGUUCUCAGAGAUGUUGAGAGAAAAGAUGUUACAGAUGUACUUGAAAUCCACAUAUUUAUUACGCAAUUCUUUCACAAGUUUGAUUUGCGUACUACCAUGCUGUAUAUAUGUGAGAAUCACUUCCAGAGGCUAUCAAAGAAAAGUAUAUUUACUGGACUUAAAGCCAUUAAUCACUUUGGUCGACCAGAUAUGACGUCGAUCCUGAAGUUUGUUCAAAAGAAACACAGCUAUGUUAGCAAAAUAGGAGUAUUCAGCUGUGGACCACGUCCUCUGACGAAGAGUGUUAUGUCGGCUUGCGAUGAAGUCAACAAGGGUAGACGCUUGCCAUACUUUAUUCAUCACUUUGAGAAUUUUGGCUAGUCGAAUAUGCUGCUCCUCGUUCGCAUGAAUUUAUCAAAAUAAUCGACGAUAAUUUAUAGCAAGAAUUUCGAUGAUUUAUUACAUAAUGUAUAUAUUUAUGCGCGUUAUAAAGCGUUGUUUUUCAUUAUUUAUAAAUUGCAACAAGUAUUAUAUUUCUUAUUUAUAAACAA